AUGCCCGGAGUCCUAGAAAAUAGAUCAGGCCACUCCAGCCCCAACAGCUCGGAUGCCGAUUUGGCGGACAAAAAUGGGGCUCAGGUACAUUUCAACGAACAAACAAAUUAUGUGCCCAAGCGUACCAUCAUCACCAUCUUCCUAGCAUGUUCGACCGUUGACCUAGUGGCAUUGAUGGACCAGACGACGCUGGCGGCCAGUCUGUCCAUCAUUGGCAAUUCAUUGGGAGCGAGUGACCAGACAUCCUGGAUUUCCGGUGGUUAUUUUGUAACAUCAACUUGUUUCCAGCUCCUCUACGGUAAAUUAUCCGACAUAUGGUCACGGAAAAUUGUCCUAUUCGUCGGACUCGGCAUCUUCUUCAUCGGAUCGCUAGCCGCAUCUCUCGCACAAAAUGUCACCCAACUCAUCGUCUUCCGCGCACUCACCGGUGUCGGUGGUGGAGGUCUAAUGACCGUGGCCCAAAUGAUCGUGAGUGACGUGGUUCCUCUGCAAGAACGAGGCAAAUAUCAAGGAAUCCUCGGCGCAGUGGUAGCAAUUGCGAACGGUAUCGGACCGGUCGUUGGCGGAGCUUUAGCUUCGAUCUCUCACGAUUCGUGGCGAUGGAUCUUUCGACUAAAUUUGCCAUUAACUGCACUGACGACCCUUUUCGUGCUAUUUUUCAUGCCAUUGCGCAAGGUCGAGGGAGACUGGAGAUUGAAGUUGAAAGCGAUUGACUUCUUCGGUGCCCUGUUGGCUUUGGGUGGAACGGCGGUUUUGCUACUCGGACUGAAUUGGGGUGGUGGUGAGUAUGCAUGGAAUUCGGUUCAUGUCAUCGUGACCCUAGUUGUUGGGUUUGUGAUUUCACUUUUAUUUGUCGCGUGGCAGUGGAAGGGUGCCCGAAUUCCCCUGGUCCCGAUGCAUAUCUUCCGUGGUCGAAUUGUGAACGGAGCUUGCUUGACUAUGUUCGUCAAUGGGUGGAACUUCCUGGUCCAGGUCUAUUAUAUCCCUACUUUCUACCAGCUUGUUUUUGGAUAUUCGACGGUCAAGGCUGGUGCUAUGCUGCUGCCAAUUACUUUGAUGCAGACUGUCAGUAGUACACUUUCUGGCCUUGUCGUGCACUGGGUUGGUCGUUAUCGAGAAUGUAUUCUUUUUGGCUGGGUUAUAUGGGCUGUUGGUCUUGGUCUCUUUUCAACACUGGAUCAAUCAUCUGGGCUCGGCAAACAAAUUGGAUACGGAAUCCUGACUGGCGCUGGUGUCGGUAAUACCUUGCAGCCUUCCCUCAUUGCAGUCCAAGCCGGUGUCGACAGACGUGAUAUGGCUGUCGUCACGUCAUUCCGCAACUUUGUUCGAAAUCUCGGUGGUACUCUCGGCCUAGCAAUUGCUGGUACAAUAAUAAACAAUGUCUUGGGAUCAUCCAUUUCAUCCCUCAGCCUCGGCGACUCCGAGUCACGGUCCCUCCUUUCAAGUCCCCAGAACUAUCUUUCCAAACAGUCCCCCGAAGACGCAGAGCAUAUCCGCAGUGUCCUGAUCCCAGCAUACCAGAAGGGAUUUCGGAUUGUCUUCAUCAUUGGAGCCUCGUUAUCUGCCUUGGCUUUCUUCUUGGCCUGGUGGCUAAUGCCCCAAGUGGGGUUGAAGCGAGCAGAUGAUGAACAGUUGAAAGAAGAGGCUAAAAAACGAGUCAAUGGGGAGUUGGAUGAGGAGAAGCGCGGUUGA